CAUAGUCCCCUCCUUUGUGCCUACUACUAUAAAAGCCCACCUUGUUCUCUCAAAACUCUCAAGUCCUUCUUCUUUGAGCAGGGAGAAGAAGCAAAAUGGAGGAAGAGAAGAAAAACAUUGAGUUGGAUCAAUUAAUUGAGGCGAAGAGCUCAAAAUUCAAGAGGGUUUGUGUUUUUUGUGGGAGCAGUCCAGGGAAGAAAGCUAGAUAUCAAGAAGCUGCCAUUGAGCUUGGCAAUGAACUGGUGGAGAGAAACAUUGAUUUGGUGUACGGAGGUGGAAGUAUAGGACUGAUGGGCCUCGUCUCUCAAGCUGUUCAUGAUGGAGGCCGCCAUGUCUUGGGAGUCAUUCCGAGGUCUCUGAUGCCCAAGGAGAUUACCGGGGAGACUUGUGGAGAAGUUCGAGCUGUUUCUAAUAUGCAUGAGAGGAAAGCUGAGAUGGCUCGCCAAGCUGAUGCUUUCAUCGCUUUGCCCGGUGGAUAUGGGACUCUUGAGGAACUGCUUGAGGUGAUCACUUGGGCUCAGCUCGGGAUCCACAGUAAGCCGGUGGGGCUUUUGAAUGUUGAUGGGUUUUAUGAUUCACUGCUGUCCUUCAUUGAUUUGGCUGUUGGCGAAGGGUUUAUAUCAAGCAAUGCAAGAAGCAUCAUAGUGUCUGCGCCGUCGGCUAAGGAAUUGGUCAUGAAGUUGGAGGAGUACGCGCCAAAGCCUGAUGAGUUCGUGUCGCGACUGAGCUGGGAUGUUGUAGAGACUGUCAAGUGUCAAGCUUGUACCUGAAGUUGAACCAGGAAUUGCAUCUGCAUCUUAAAAUCAGGAAUUGCAUCCGCAUCUUAGAACUCUGAUCAGGAGGCUCCUGUUACUUUUGGUGCUAACAAAUGACAUAAUUUACAGUUUAUACCUUGUCACGGGAAAGAGGAUACAACUUUUUUCGGGGUUUUGAUAUACAUGUUAUGUUGAUUUUCUGAACUGUGAUAUAUUUAACAUAAAUAUAAGCAGGUGUAGCUUU